UAUAAUGAGUAAUGAUUAACCAUUUGAAGAUGUCGAUCAAUUUCUUCAUCCCCUAGCCACAUAAUAGACCAUUUCGAAUAUGCUAUAACAGGCUAUCACAUAAGACUAACUCCUAGCUUAAAAUGUUCGAUUAUUGCAACAAUUACACGAACAAUAGAGAAUGUUAGACCUAUAGAGUCUCUUCACUAAUAGCAUGCUUAUGAAUCCCUUGAUUCAAUAACAAGUGAAUUAAGAGAGUAAGAAAAUAAAGAAAGUCAAUAAAACGAUCAAAACCAUUCCAUCAACAACAAGUCUUAAGGAUUGCGCUUAACCCAUCUAGGAAAUCAAAGGGAAUGUUAAAAAUGCCUACAUCAAGAAAAUCACUUCCUUGUUGAGUGUGGAAGGAGACAAGUUGCUUGAUGAGGACUUACAAGAAGAUUUGGAUUUAGAGAGUUAUUCGGAAAUGCAAGAUAAAAGCAAGUUGGCAGGUCUUUUGGGAUCAAAUAACGAUUUGUUGAAUAGUGAAUCAAAAAAUAAAAGAUUGAGACAAAGCGCUAAAAAUUCCAGACUUAGAAAAAAAGUUUAUUUGAAAUUGCUUGAAAAGAAGGUAAUAUUGUUAUGUAACUAUUUUAGGUUUCCGAAUUAGAUCAGUAAAUUCAAGAAUACAAAAAAACUACGAGAUAGUCAUUUGAGUAUUUGACACAGAUAUUGCAAUCUCAUCCUAUUUUAAACAGCAUGAUUAUUGGUAAUUCGGGAGCCAUAGACUAAGUCUUAGAGUGUUCAUCGCCUGAUCAAGCUUAAUUGGUGUUGGAUUCAUACUUAGUAUUUAAAUUGUUUAAACAUUGUAGAUGAGAUAUGGUACUUGUGGAAUCAAAAGGAGAGAUUAUGUUAAAUAUGCAGUGAAAAAUAUUCAGAAGAACUUUCUCAAAGGCAAUUAUGGACUCCAACUUAUGAGUUGGAAUUAAUAAAUUUAAAAUUGUAAAGAGUAUUUUAUUUAUCAAAUUAGAUGACACUGAAUUCAAUCAAUAUGUAGAAAUUGUUAAGGAGGAGGCUAAACUAGAUGACGAUAAUCUUGUUUAUCGUGUCCUGCCUACGAUCGAUAGAAUGCUUAAUCAUCGCAAGAUGUCUUAAUAGUAUGAAUAAAAAGUCUAACUCUAGAUUGUUACUCAAAUUUAAUUAGGACAUCAAAAACUUAAAAUAGAAUUAACAAGAGAUUGAAGAAACAAUCAAUCAGUUUACAUAAUCAUUAACUCCCAUCCAACAUUUAGAAUUCAUAAAAUAGGUGGAGAAAAUGGGGACUUUUAAUCGUUUUAAUAAAUGA